UUUCCUUUCCAUUUUUCUUUCUUGAUUCAUCUGAUUCAUCUUUGGCACAGCUGGAAAUGAGCAGGUGGUCUAAAAAUGAUCUUAAUCUUUCUGCUUCUUUUUGAAAAUGUUGCAGGAAAUCAACUUACCGGCCCUAAAGAAGUGAAGCAGUGUGCUGGCAGACCCAUUCACAUCAUCUGUCGGUAUCACGCGUUUUAUCGGGACCAUGUAAAAUACUGGUGCAGAGGCUACUAUUUUAAUUACUGCACCACUCUCCUACGAACAGAUCAACCAGCUCAUGCCAACGGACCACUAGCCAUAGCCGACAAUAAACAGGAAAGCUUUUUUACCAUCCAUAUGACGAACAUUAAACCAGGUGAUAAUGGAUGGUACUGGUGUGCAAUAGAGAGAGUCAGCCGACAUGUGUCCAUCCCCAUGGAGUUAAUCAUAUCUUCAGAAAAAGCUCAGCACUGCUCUGAGCCCACAACACUGUGCAAUGUCAUAGAGACCACCACACUACCAGUGACAACCAGCAAAUUAACGACUUCAGAGACAACCGAAACAACACGGACAUCACAAACAGCAUCCAGUACCACAGAUUUAACAAGUAUAAUGCCUGACGCCAUUACAGAAGAGACUACAUUCGCUGAAAGCCUAGUCCAUAAAAUCUGGAGCAUCAUGCGGUGGAUUCUCUUCAUAGGACUGUGUUCCUUCCUCCUGUCUUUCAUGAUAUACUUUGAGCUGCGAAGAGACUGAGUGAAAAAAAAUGUCUUUGGGGGUCAGACUGACCACCUGCAGUUUAAAGACUUCAAUGUUUCCUUUAAGUGUAAAGUUAAUAAUGAAUGUUCUCUGACGUUUUUUUUUUAACUGCUGGGCCAAAUUUCACCUCCACUUAACACUUAGCAUCCACUUUAUUAGAAACACCAACCACACACCUCCACAAAGUGACUCAAAGUGGUUUGAAACAAAAUGCUUUGUUCUAGAGUCAAAGUGGUUCACAGUGACAGUGAUAGUAACCAGACACCUGAAGUGUUUCAUGCUGCCAAAAGCCAGAUGCCAGAAAGUUAAGGAUACAUUGCCUGUACACUUUAAUGAAAAAAACUACAUAACCUACUGAGACCUGUCAGUAGAAAUGGUUUGAUAAUUUGCAACAUUGAACAACACCUAAUCGUCCCUGCACAGUAGAGGUGGGGGAAAAAAAAAUCUAUAAAGCAUAGUAUUGCGAUUUGUGGCACCACAAUGUUGUAUUGAUAUUCAGAC